AUGGCAAAUCCAGCAGAAGUUUCAGCAAUUGAACAAAUUAGAAUGCAUCUUCUCGGAGAGUUUUAUCCAACAGAGCUUUCAUUUGCUGCUGAUAUCGAAAGAACCAGUAGCGUAAAUUCAUCAGUUUCGAGCUCUCAAUCUGAGUAUGCAGUUUCGAUUUCUGAUUAUUUCAUGGAUCUUGAGCAGAAUGAAUUGGAUUUUAGCGACUUUUCAAGUCCCGAGUCUGUAGAUUUGGUGCAAAAUCAAUUAAAUCCACCAAUUAUAGACCUCAAUACACCAAAGGCGCAAACAUUGACAGAGAGGAAGCCUUCUUCGAAGAUUGAAUUACCGGUGGUGAAGAAAGUCGACAUGAUCGACUUCUCCGAGUCGACGCAGUCGAACUCGGUGCAGGCCAACUCCGCUGUAGAGGAGAAGAAUCAUUACAGAGGAGUAAGACGGCGGCGGUGGGGAAAGUACGCGGCAGAGAUCAGGGACCCUAUGCGGCGGGGCUCACGUGUCUGGCUUGGGACAUUCGACACCGCCAUCGAAGGCGCCAAAGCUUAUGACAGAGCGGCGUUCAAGAUGCGGGGUAGCAAGGCAAUUUUGAACUUCCCGCUGGAUAUUCAGAAUGAAGUAUAUGAAUCAGACGCCACCGUCGACGUAGGGCGAAAGCGGCAGAGAGAAGCAGAGCAGGUGGAAGAAAAGAAGUCGAUAAAACUGGAAACGACAGUAACAAAUGAAAUGAUGCAACGGCCGUUAACGCCGUCAUGUUUGAGCUCAGUUUGGGAUCAGUUCGGUUAUCCACAGCUCCUUGUUACAUGA